AAAAGGAAUUUCAGUGUAUAAUAAGCACUAAAAUACCGAUGAAUACCCUAUGAACAAACAAAAUAAUAAGUACCUAAAAUAAGCAAGUUUAAUGUUUCAUGUAACUUGGGAAAAGGAAUUUCAGUGUAUAAUAACCACUGUCACUCAUACAGACGUGUAUUUAGCAUAGUUAAACUAAAAAUGUUGGUGGCAUGAAGAAGUUUAGUCCGUUUUCCUUUGCAGGCAGGAAUUUCUUUUGCUUGAAGUAAGAUGUGUGAAGUGAUCCUUCCAAUGUGCUCCUCUGUGGCACAGUGUACUUGAUUGGAUGUGGAAAUCACAAAUUCAUGCUUUUUUCUUGCUGCAGGAUGGUAUUGUUUUAAUAAUGGAAUUCAACUGUUUUCUGAUACUUCAUAAAAAAUUUGUAUUUGCCAACAAAUGCGGAAAGUUAUCAAGAGUUACUUAUGUUACAACCCUGUUUCUGUGGAGUGAAUUAAAUUCUCUGUGGUGUCCCUGCAGAUUUCAGUAAAUGGGCAAGUACUACCAUAUUGCCUGGUAUGUGUGUGAGACUUAGAUGAAUGUAGCUAGAAGUAAAUGCUGGGCUUCUGAUUCAGUUGUGUGAAAUCUUGCAGAGUCUUGCACAAUUCAGCAAAGACGUCAGCUGUGUGAUGACUUCAAGCAGGCAUGGAGUUUAAAGUGUCCACCUGACAUAGAGGCUGUUAAUCUGAUCAGGAUUUACAGAUUAUUCUCUGAUGAAAUUGGUAGUCGUUCGGACACUAUUGUAUGAGGAAAGUCUUAAGAGAUGCUCUCUUACCUAAGAUGCUCUCUGUCAAAAAAGAAUUUUGAAAAGAGAAGUAAUCUCCCAUGAAGACAAAUCCCAGUACCAGGGAAGCACCUGAGAAGUUCAACAAACCAGGUUUCGAUUUCCACUUUACAAGCGGAUGCAGCAGAUAAUACUUCAGCAGUCAUCACAGGAUGCUCACCAGAACCCCAAGUGUGGUUGCCCAAGUGUUCCUUCUUCUAAGCAUAGCUCUUGUCAUUGCUAUUGCAGUGAUUCAGAUAAAUCAGCAACAGAUCGUCUCCCCAGGGCUCAAGUAUGGAAUAGUCCUUGAUGCUGGAUCCUCUCGGACUACGGUCUACGUCUAUGAAUGGCCAGCAGAAAAAGAAAAUGACACAGGAGUAGUAAGCCAAACCUUCAAGUGUAAUGUGAAAGGCCCUGGUAUAUCCAGCUAUGAGAGCAACCCUGGAGCUCUUGCCAAACCCUUUGAUGACUGUCUGAAUAAAGUCAAGGAGAGAAUACCAGUCCCUCUGCAUAAAAACACUUCAGUUUAUCUGGGGGCUACAGCUGGCAUGAGACUACUGAGGUUGCAAAAUGAAACGGCAGCCAAUGAAGUCCUUGCAAGUAUUCAAAACUACUUCAGAGCACAACCUUUUGAAUUUAGGGGUGCGCAAAUCAUAACUGGGCCAGAGGAAGGGGUGUAUGGAUGGAUAACAGCCAACUAUUUAAUGGGUAAUUUCUUAGAGAGAAACCUUUGGAGGACAUGGGUUCAUCCUUAUAGAAAAGAGACCAUGGGUGCACUGGAUCUUGGAGGAGCUUCCACUCAAAUUUCAUUUAUCCCAGAGGACUCCCAGGAGAACUUCAAUAGCACCUUGCAAGUGAGGUUAUAUGGUUACAACUACAAUGUCUACACUCACAGCUUCCAGUGCUAUGGGAGAGAUGAAGCUGAGAAAAGGCUUUUAGCGUUGUUGUUCCAGAAAUCAAGCACCAGUUCCAAUGUAGAUAAUCCGUGUUACCCUCGAGAUUAUAAUACUGCAUUAACGAUGAAGUACUUCUCUGGGAGCCUUUGUACUCAGUCUCUGAGACUGGCAAAUUACUACCCAAACCAGCUUGUGAACUUCCAUGGAACAGGAGACCCAGAUCUGUGCCAGGAGAUGGUUUCUUUAUUGUUUAACUUCACUGCUUGCAGAGACAGAGAAGACUGUCCAUUUAGUGGAAUACACCAGCCAAAAGUUAAAGGGAAUUUUGUGGCUUUCUCAGGAUUCUACUAUACAAUUAAUGCUUUGAAUUUAUCUGGGCACUUUUCCCUAGCUGACUUCAAUUCGAGUAUGUGGCUUUUCUGUUCACAGAACUGGACACAGCUCCAAUUUAUGCUGCCUAAAGUUGAAGAAAUAUAUGCCAGAUCCUACUGUUUUUCAGCCAAUUUCAUUUAUUACUUGCUUGUACAUGGUUACGACUUUGAUGCAGAAACUUGGCCACAGAUACAUUUUCAAAAGGAGGUUGGUAACAGCAGUAUAGCAUGGUCACUCGGUUACAUGUUAAGCCUCACUAAUAUGAUUCCAGCAGAAGGCAAGCUGAUCCAAUUACCUCUGAAACCUUCAUUGUUUGCUGGGCUCCUCGUUUUCCUCACUGCUACGGCAUUGCUGUGUCUUCUCUUCCUUGUUUACCUGUGUAUUGGAUCACAGAAUCAGAAGAACAUCAGUCAUGUUGAACACGUAUUUAUUCCAGAAUGAAUGAACUUCACUGAAGACGAAACAAGAAUUUUAUAGUGCCAUUAAGCAGAACUUCAUUUUUGAAAAGUGGAGGGUGAAAUAAAGACAGGCAAAAAGUCUUCAGGACCAGAAGCAUAAAUAGAGACAAGACGAGAUGAGACACAAGGGAAUCUGUGAUAUGGUGAACUGGAGUGUGUUUGAAAUAUUUUGGCAAUUAUUUCUGUAAAACCAUUUGUCCAGUGUGCAGCAGAAAAAACAUGGGCAGAAAUGUCACUUUGCUUGAUAAGGGAUUAAUAGUUUUUUCUGCCAGGUACAUAAUAAUUUUUUGUUCAUUAAUUCUGUGCUAACUGGUGAGUUCAACUGGUGAUGGAUUUGAUCGUGGUGGCAGUUGUUUAAGAUAAAACUAAACAGCAAGUCAGUAGGAAUCAUAGGAGGUGGGAACAUGGCAGCUGUUCUUGUUUCAGUGCUGAUGCCUAAAACCCUCAAAUAACCAGAUAUCUGAAACUGGAACAAGCACUGGCUAAUGAUGGGAACUGAAAGGAACAGCUGGCAUAGAAUUGGAAUAGGCAGCUAAAGAAUAAGUAAAUUUGUUCAAAAAUCAUUUGGACUUCCAGAAUAGUGUUUCCAGAAUAGAGUCAGAUCAGUCAUCUGAUCAAAGAAUGCCUUCCGUUGUGUCUUCCUUUUGCAGCAGUUCCCUCUUCUCCCUAUGUAUAUAGUGAAUGUAUAUAUGUAUAGUAGCUCCCUCUUGUACCACCAAGAUUCCCACCUGCUCAGUCUUCUGUCUCCUGUCAGCUUCAGCUGGGAAAGCUGAUGCUAUUGAACUUCCAGCCAGACAGCUGCACCACCAUCGCUUACAGCUUCUUCCAAGCCAGCAUCGUGGCUGCAGUAAAAAAACAUGGCUGGGAUAUGCAGCCAGCAUGGCUAUCUUUGGCUGCAGUCGUUGCUUCUCAGGGGGAGGCAGUGAGGGUGGCAGUGGCUCCAGUAACCACUGGUAAAUCCUCUCCAGCUGCUGGUUGGAAACAGAUCAAUGUGUGUAACAUUGUCCUGUCAUUCAGAACCAAAUGGAUCUCUGGGAGAGACAGUGAGGUGAACAGCAUUUGACAAUGUGUACAAAGUAUAGGUUAUUUAUCUUUUUGUACUCUUUACUGCCUGCUUAUGAAGAUUAAUA